CCAGGGAGAGGCACGCUGCCCUUCACAAACCUUCACCAAUAUCGUCUUGCCUUGUGCCGCACGGGGAGUUGCAGAAGUGAGCCACAAAGCGUUUUCCCCAUUCUCUCGAGGUUUUUGCCUUUUCAUGCAUUGGGAAAAUGGCAGAAGGUGCAGAUGGGGAGGAAGAGAUUCAGUUCCUGCGUACGGAUGACCAGGUGGUGCUUCAGUGCACUGCAUCUAUCCUCAAGGAACAGAUCAAGCUGUGUCUGUCAUGCGAAGGGUUUGGGAAUCGUCUCUGUUUCCUGGAAACCACCUCCAACGCUCAGAACAUCCCGCCCGACCUCGCUAUAUGCUGCUUCAUUUUGGAGCAGUCCCUCUCCGUGCGGGCGUUACAGGAAAUGCUCUCCAACUCCUCUGUGGAUGAGGCUGUUGAUUUGGACAAAUGGUCGUCACAGGGGGGGGGUCACCGCACCCUGCUGUACGGACAUGCCAUCCUCCUGAAGCACACUCACUCCAGCAUGUACUUGUGCUGUUUGACUACCUCGCGCUCACUGACGGACAAACUGGCUUUUGACGUGGGUCUGCAGGAAGAUUCCACAGGAGAGGCCUGCUGGUGGACCAUCCAUCCGGCCUCGAAGCAGAGGUCUGAAGGCGAGAAGGUCAGGGUGGGAGAUGACCUCAUUCUCGUCAGUGUUUCUUCAGAGCGAUACCUGCAUUUGUCCUACGCCAGCGGCGACCUGAUGGUCGACGCCUCUUUCAUGCAAACCCUGUGGACCAUGACCCCCGUGAUGUCUGGGUGUGAGCUGGUUGAAGGUUUCCUGACCGGAGGGUACGUGCUCAGGCUGUUCCAUGGUCACAUGGACGAGUGUUUGGCAAUACCAGGCGCUGACCAGGGGGACGACCAGCGCAGAGUUGCUCAUUAUGAAGGAGGGGCAGUAUGCAGCCACGCUCGAUCCUUAUGGAGACUUGAGCCACUCCGUAUCGCUUGGAGCGGGGGUCACAUUAAAUGGGGCCAGUCUUUCCGGAUACGUCACAUAACAACGGGCAGGUACCUUUGUCUGGAUGAGGAGAAAGGACUGCUGCUGGUGGACCCGGAAAAGGCCAAUUCCAAGAUGUCAGCCUUCUGCUUCAGAAUCUCAAAGGAAAAAAUUGAAGUGAUCCAAAAGCGAGACGUGGAGGGUAUGGGCACGCCCGAGAUCAAGUACGGAGAGUCCAUGUGCUUCGUUCAGCAUGUCUCAACCGGCCUCUGGCUCACAUAUGCUGCCGUUGAUGCCAAGUCCGCCCGCCUGGGUCCUCUGAAGAGAAAGGCCAUACUCCAUAAAGAAGGGCACAUGGACGACGCACUCACGGUGGCUCGAUCUCAGACCGAAGAGUCCCAAGCAUCCAGAAUGAUUUUUAGCACGUCAGGCCUCUUUAACCAGUUCAUCAAAGGUCUAGAUGCUCUGGGGGGGAAGAACAAAUCUGCCGGCUCCACCUCUCUGCCCAUGGACACCGUGGUGCUCUCCCUGCAGGACCUCAUUUUUUAUUUCCGACCCCCGGAGGAGGAGCUGGAGCACGAGGACAAGCAGUUCAAGCUCCGCUCCCUGAAGAACAGACAGAACCUCUUCCAGGAGGAGGGAAUGAUUACUCACGUCCUCGACUGCGUGGAUCGCCUCAACGUCUACAACACGGCAGCCCACUUCUCAGAGUACGCCGGGGAGGAAGCCGCGGAGUCAUGGAAGGAGAUAGUCAAUUUACUGUACGACUUGCUCGCUUCUUUGAUCAGAGGUAACCGGGCUAACUGUGCCCUGUUCUGUGAUAACCUCGACUGGCUGGUCAGCAAGUUGGAUCGUUUGGAGGCAUCUUCAGGAAUCCUGGAGGUCUUGUAUUGUGUUCUGAUUGAGAGUCCUGAGGUGCUGAAUAUUAUCCAGGAAAAUCACAUCAAAUCCAUCAUCUCCCUGCUGGAUAAGCACGGGCGCAAUCAUAAGGUCUUGGAUGUGCUCUGCUCUCUGUGUGUGUGCAACGGGGUCGCGGUGAGGUCAAAUCAGAAUCUCAUCACAGAGAAUCUGCUUCCCGGCCGUGACCUCCUACUUCAAACCAACAUCAUUAACUAUGUCACCAGCAUGAGACCCAACAUCUUCCUCGGAACCUGCGAAGGAUCCACCCAGUACAAGAAGUGGUAUUUUGAGGUGAUGGUGGACGAAGUGGAGCCGUUCCUCACGGCUCAGCCAUACCACCUGCGCGUGGGCUGGGCCCUGACGGAGGGCUACAGCCCUUACCCCGGCGGAGGGGAAGGCUGGGGGGGCAACGGCGUCGGAGACGACCUCUACUCCUACGGCUUCGACGGGCUUCACCUCUGGUCAGGACGUGUUCCGCGCCACGUGGCCACACCCAAUCACCACGCCCUGGCAGCAGAGGACGUGGUCAGCUGCUGCCUGGAUCUGAGCGUGCCCAGUAUUUCCUUCCGUAUCAACGGGCAUCCUGUGCAGGGCAUGUUUGAGAACUUCAACCUGGACAGCUUGUUCUUCCCUGUCGUCAGCUUCUCUGCCGGCGUCAAGUUGCGGUUUCUUCUCGGAGGGCGUCAUGGGGAUUUUAAGUUCCUCCCGCCUCCGGGAUACGCUCCAUGCUACGAAUCAGUGCUGCCAAGGGACCGUCUGCGGAUCGAGCCCAUCAAGGAGUACAAGCACGAUUUCGAUGCCGUCCGCAACCUGUUGGGUCCAACUCAGUCCCUCUCGCACACAGCCUUCACUCCCGGCCCCGUGGACACCAUACAGAUUGUACUUCCUCCUCAUUUAGAGCGCAUUCGAGAGAAGCUCGCAGAGAACAGCCACGAGCUAUGGGCCGUUACUCGCAUUGAACAAGGGUGGACCUUCGGACCAUUUCGCGACGACAACAAGAAGCUGCACCCCUGCCUGGUGGACUUCCAGAGUCUGCCCGAACCAGAGAAGAACUACAACUUAGCGAUGUCAGGAGAGACUCUGAAGACUCUGCUGGCACUGGGCUGUCACGUGGGGAUGGGAGACGAGAAAGCCGAAGAGAAUCUGAAAAAGACCAAGCUGCCCAAAACUUACAUGCAGAGUAGUGGAUAUAAACCGGCCCCUCUGGACCUCAACCAUGUCAAGCUGACUCCUAAUCAGAACACUCUGGUGGAGAGACUGGCAGAAAAUGGGCACAACGUGUGGGCCAGAGACCGGGUUCGCCAGGGCUGGACGUACAGUAUUGUGCAGGAUAUAAUGAACAAGCGCAAUCCCCGUCUGGUUCCUUACAACCUGCUGGAUGAGAAGACUAAAAAGACCAACAGGGACACAGUCUGUGCGGCGGUUCGCACUCUCAUCGGAUAUGGUUACAACAUAGAGCCACCCGACCAGGAGAGCAGCGGACACGGACCAGAAAGCGGCGAUAAGAUCAGAGUGUUCCGAGCAGAGAAAUCGUACGCCGUCACACAGGGGAAGUGGUACUUUGAGUUUGAGGCCGUGACAGUCGGCGAGAUGAGAGUGGGCUGGGCCAGGCCCAGCGUUCGCGCCGACACUGACCUCGGGGCGGAUGAGUUCGCGUAUGUCUUCAAUGGCUUCAAGGCCCAACGCUGGCAUGUUGGAAACGAGCCUUUUGGCCGCCAGUGGCUCUCCGGCGAUGUGGUGGGUUGUAUGAUUGACCUCACGGAGAUGAACAUCAUGUUCACGCUCAACGGAGAAAUGCUGAUCAGCGACUCGGGCUCGGAGAUGGCCUUUAAGGACAUCGAGAUAGGAGAGGGCUUCAUACCUGUGUGCAGUCUGGGCCUGUCCCAGAUCGGCAGGAUCAACCUGGGUCAGAACGUCAGCAGUCUGCGUUUUUUUACCAUCUGCGGCCUACAGGAGGGAUUUGAACCCUUCGCGAUCAACAUGAAGAGAGACAUUACCAUGUGGUUCAGCAAGAGCCUCCCCCAGUUCAUCAAUGCGCCGACGGAUCACCCUCACGUGGAGGUGUCCCGCGUUGAUGGGACGGUGGAAUCUGCCCCGUGCCUCAAAGUGACCCACAAGACCUUCGGAUCCCAGAACGCCAACACCGAUUUGCUGUUCUUCCGGCUCAGCAUGCCGGUUGAGUUUCAUGAGACCUUCAAAGUGCCAGCGGGGACCACCCUUCUUACCCGAGCACUGACCAUCCCUGAGGACGAGGUGUUAGAGGUGGACCCUGACUCUGACUUUGAAAUACUCAAGAAGUCAGCGACGCGCAAAGAGCAGGAAGAGGAGAAGAAAGAGCCCUCGGUGCCUAAAGAGAUCCCUGCCAUUAAAAAUGGAGAAAAUGAGAAGGACGCCUCAACUGAGAAAAGCAAGAAGAAGGGGUUCCUUUUCAAGGCUAAGAAGGCUGCGUUAAUAAGUCCACCGCCCGUCGUUCCCACCAUGCCCCGUCUAGUGGAGGACGUGGUGCCAGAUGACAGGGACGACGUCGACAUCAUCCUCAACACCACUACGUACUAUUAUUCUGUGAGAGUGUUUGCGGGGCAGGAGCCCAGUGGCGUGUGGGUCGGCUGGAUCACACCUGACUAUCACCAGUACGACCCUCAUUUCGACAUCAGCAAAGUGAGAAACGUGACGGUCACUGUAGGCGAUGAUAAAGGAAACAUACACGACAGCAUAAAACGCAGUAACUGCUACAUGGUGUCGGGAGGAGAGUUCGGCAGCUCCCAGCAGACCCGAGUCAGUCAAGAGGAUUUUGUGAUCGGUUGCCUUAUUGAUUUGGAAGCAGGACUCAUGACUUUCAUUGCUAAUGGGAAAGAGAUCAACACGUUUUACCAGGUGGAGCCCAACACAAAACUGUUCCCCGCUGUCUUUGUCCUUCCUUCCAGUCAGAACAUGAUUCAGUUUGAACUAGGCAAGCUGAAGAACAUCAUGCCCAUCUCAGCCGCCAUGUUUCGGAGUGAGCGCAAGAAUCCCGUUCCCCAAUGCCCUCCUAGACUGGAUGUCCAGAUGUUAACCCCAGUCAUCUGGAGCCGCAUGCCCAACCACUUCCUGGCUCCAGACACAGGUCGUGUGAGUGAGAGACUUGGCUGGGUGGUGCACUGCCAAGAGCCUCUCACCAUGAUGGCCCUCCACAUCCCAGAGGAAAGCAGGUGUAUUGACAUCCUGGAGCUGUCUGAACAUAUGGACUUGCUGAAGUUCCACUAUCACACCCUGAAGCUCUACGGCUUGGUGUGCGCUUUGGGCAACAACCGAGUGGCUCACGCUCUGUGCAGCCAUGUGGAUGAGUCCCAGCUCUUCUACGCCAUUGAGGACACCUACCUGCCCGGACCCAUGAGGAGCGGCUUCUAUGACCUGCUCAUCAGCAUGCACCUGGAGUCUGCCAAGAGGAACCGGCUGGGAACCAACAAGGAAUUCAUAGUUCCAAUGACGGAUGAAACACGCAGCAUCACUCUGUACUCUGACAAAUCUCAUGCUUUACCUGGGGUCGGCCUCACUACAUGUCUGCGCCCCAAACUCCAUUUCUCCUCCAUUGGAUUUGUUGGGACCGAUCCGGACAUCUACACACUGAGUCCAGUGAUCCCCUUACAGGUGCUGAAGACCAAGGCCCUGAACAUGCUGACCGAGGCGGUGCAGGACGGAGUUCAAGCCAUGAGAGAUCCUGUGGGAGGGAGCGUUGAGUUUCAUUUCGUCCCAAUCCUGAAGCUCAUCAGUACCCUCCUCAUCAUGGGUGUGUUUGAUGAUGAAGAUGUCACGCACAUCCUGAAGAUGCUCGAGCCCACAGUCUUCAGUGGCAAGGAAGCCGAGGAGCCCGCUGAGGAGAAUGUAAAUGUGAAGGAAGAGAAGGAGCAAAAGACUUCCCCGAAAGAAGGAGCCACGAAGGACGAUCAGCAGGAAAGCAUCUGGGAAGAAGAAGAAGAGGAAUUUGAGGACGAUGGUUUGGGUGAAGACGAUGAGGAAGAAAUGGAGGAAGAGGGGGAAUUACAGACCGACUCGGUUGUGCCACAUGAAGGAAAAACGGACGAGACGGAUCAAGUAAAUGGCGAGAAAGGAGCCGAGGAAACGGAGAAAGAGAUUAAAGAAGAGAAUAAAGAAGAGCAUCUGGAGCAAGGACUCUUCCAGAUGAAGCUACCAGAGUCCGUCAAGCUGCAGAUGUGUACUCUACUGCAGUAUUUCUGUGACUGUGAGCUACGUCACAGGGUGGAGGCCAUCACUUCUUUUUCAGACCAGUUUGUCAGCCAGAUACAGUGCAACCAGAGGCACCGCUACAAUGAACUCAUGCUGGCCUUCACCAUGAGUGCCGCUGAGACAGCCCGCAAGACCCGUGAAUUCCGCUCCCCUCCGCAGGAGCAGGUCAACAUGCUCAUGAACUUCAAGAACUGCACGGAGGAUGACGAGUGCCCCGUUCCCGAUGAGGUCCGCGACGCUCUGCUGACUUUUCACAACACUCUGCUGGGUCACUGUGGUGUUCAUAUUGAGGAAGAAGAACAAGAGGAAGAAGUGGUGAAUUCUGUCCGUGGACGACUGGUCCGUUUGUUGGAAAAGGUGAAACGAAUCCGCGAGAAGAAGGUAGAAGUGGAGCCUGAACCUCAGGAAGACAAAAAGCCAACCACAUUGCAGGAGCUGAUUUCCCAUACCAUGAUCCAUUGGGCCCAGGAGUCAUUCAUCCAGAACCCUGAGCUGGUGCGUAUGAUGUUCAGCCUGCUUCACAGGCAGUACGAUGGGCUAGGCGAGCUCAUGCGGGCCCUCCCCAAGGCGUACACCAUCAACGCGGUGUCAAUUCACGACACCAUGGACCUGCUGGAGUGCUUGGGCCAGAUCCGCUCUCUGCUCAUAGUCCAGAUGGGUCCGGAAGAGGAGAGACUUAUGAUUCAAAGCAUCGGGAACAUCAUGAGCAACAAGGUUUUCUAUCAGCACCCCAACUUGAUGCGAGCCUUGGGCAUGCAUGAAACGGUCAUGGAGGUCAUGGUCAACGUGCUCGGUGGCGGGGACUCAAAAGAGAUCAGAUUCCCUCGAGUGGUGACCAACUGCUGCCGCUUUCUCUGCUAUUUCUGUCGCAUCAGUCGCCAAAAUCAGCGCUCUAUGUUUGACCACCUCAGCUAUCUUCUCCAAAACAGCGGCAUCGGCCUCGGAAUGCGGGGCUCAACUCCCUUGGACGUGGCUGCAGCCUCUUGUAUCGACAACAACGAGCUGGCAUUGGCUCUCCAGGAGCAGGAUCUCGAAAUGGUGGUGAAGUACUUGGCCGGAUGUGGACUUCAGAGCUGUCCAAUGCUGCUGUCCAAAGGCUACCCUGACAUUGGCUGGAAUCCUUGUGGCGGAGAGAAAUACCUUGACUUUCUCCGUUUUGCUGUGUUUGUCAACGGAGAGAGCGUGGAGGAGAAUGCCAAUGUGGUGGUGCGUCUCCUCAUUCGCAGGCCCGAGUGCUUCGGUCCGGCGCUGAGAGGAGAGGGCGGUAAUGGUCUGCUGGCUGCAAUAGAAGAGGCCAUCAAAAUAUCAGAGGACCCUGCACGGGACGGUCCCAGUGUUAAGAAGGACAGACGCUUUCCCAUGUUUGGCGGAGAGGAGCAGCAAGAGGAGAACAGGGUGCACCUGGGAAAUGCCAUCAUGUCCUUCUACUCUGCCCUUAUUGACUUGCUGGGACGCUGUGCUCCCGAGAUGCAUUUGAUCCAGGCUGGGAAGGGCGAGGCUCUGAGAAUCAGAGCCAUCCUGAGGUCUCUGGUCCCCAUUGAGGACCUCGUUGGCGUGAUCAGCCUCUCUGUUCAGAUUCCUUCGUUUGGAAAAGACAACAGCAUCAUAGAACCAAAGAUGUCGGCCAGUUUCGUGCCGGACCACAAGGCUCCCAUGGUGCUGUUCCUGGACAGAGUGUACGGUAUUGACAACCAAGACUUCUUGCUCCACGUGCUUGAGGUGGGCUUUCUCCCUGACAUGAGAGCUGCUGCCUCUCUGGACACGGUUGCGUUCGGCACUACGGAGAUGGCGCUGGCGUUGAACCGCUACCUGUGUUCUGCCGUGCUGCCGCUCAUCACCAAGUGCGCCCCGCUCUUCGCUGGCAGUGACCACCGAGCCAUCAUGAUCGACUCCAUGCUGCACACAAUCUACCGGCUGUCUCGUGGACGAGCCUUCACGAAGGCCCAAAGGGACAUCAUCGAAGAGUGCCUGAUGGCUUUGUGCAAGCAUUUACGUCCAUCGAUGCUUCAGCACCUGCUGAGGCGGCUGGUGUUCGAUGUGCCCAUUCUCAACGAGUACGCCAAAAUGCCCCUGAAGCUUUUGACCAAUCACUAUGAGCGUUGUUGGAAAUAUUAUUGCCUCCCUAAUGGUUGGGCCAACUUUGGAGUUUCAUCAGAAGAAGAGCUGCAUCUGACCCGCAAACUGUUUUGGGGGAUCUUUGAAUCGCUAGCACACAAGAAAUUUGACGCUGAGAUUUUCAAGAUUUCAAUGCCUUGCAUCUGCGCCAUAGCUGGAGCCAUCCCUCCCGACUACGUGGAUGCCAGCUACUCUUCAAAAACAGAGAAAAAGGCCUCAGUUGACGCAGAGGGAAAUUUUGACCCUAAACCGGUAGAAACCACCAACACUAUCAUCCCAGAGAGACUGGAUUCCUUCAUCAACAAAUAUGCUGAAUAUACACAUGAUAGAUGGGCCUUUGAAAAGAUCCAGAACAACUGGUCGUACGGUGAGGCGCUCGAUGAAAAUGCAAAAACUCAUCCCAUGCUUCGACCAUACAAGACCUUCUCAGAGAAGGACAAAGAGAUCUACCGUUGGCCAAUCAAAGAGUCAGUCAAAGCCAUGAUUGCAUGGGAAUGGAACCUAGAUAAAGCCAGAGAGGAAGACGAGUCAGAUAAGAAGAAGGCAGUAUCACGGAAAAUUUCACAAACUGCCCAGGCAACCUAUGACCCGAGCCAUGGCUACAGUCCGCAGCCCAUUGAUAUCACACACAUGGCUCUCUCAAGAGACCUGCAGUCUAUGGCAGAGCAACUGGCAGAAAAUUACCACAACACCUGGGGACGAAAGAAAAAGUUGGAGCUGCAGUCCAAAGGAGGUGGAACACAUCCUCUGCUGGUGCCCUACGAUACUCUGACAGCAAAAGAAAAAGCACGAGAUAGAGAGAAGGCUCAUGAACUGCUUAAGUUCCUGCAGCUGAAUGGAUAUGCCUGCACAAGGGGCCUGAAAGAUAUGGAAUCUGACAUCUCAUCCAUCGAAAAGAGAUUUGCUUAUGGUUUCCUGCAGAAGUUGUUGAAAUGGAUGGAAAUUGCCCAGGAGUUCAUUGCUCAUCUUGAGGCUGUGGUAAGCAGUGGGAGAGUGGAAAAGUCUCCUCAUGAGCAGGAAAUCAAAUUCUUUGCUAAGAUCUUGAUGCCUCUAAUCAACCAAUAUUUCAAAAACCACUGCCUCUACUUCUUGUCGACUCCUGCAAAAGUUCUGGGGAGUGGUGGGCUUUCUUCCAAUAAAGAGAAGGAGAUGAUUGCAAGUAUCUUCUGUAAAAUGUCUGCUCUGGUGAGGCACAGAGUUUCUCUCUUUGGAACGGACGCUUCAGCAAUCGUUAACUGUCUCCACAUCUUGGCGCGGUCGUUGGACGCAAGGACGGUAAUGAAGUCGGGCCCUGAGAUCGUGAAAGCUGGGCUGCGGUCGUUCUUUGAGAGCGCCGCCGACGAUAUCGAGAAGAUGGUAGAGAACCUCAAACUGGGCAAAGUGUCCAAAGGCAAUCAGCAAGUGAAAGGCGUCUCCCAGAACAUUAACUACACCACCAUCGCCCUGCUCCCUGUGCUCACCUCGCUGUUUGAUCACAUUGCUCAGCACCAGUUUGGAGAUGAUGUCAUGCUGGAUGAUCUACAGAUGUCCUGCUACCGCAUCAUGUGCAGCAUCUACUCUCUUGGGACUGUCAAGAAUCCGCAUGUAGAGAGGCAGAGACCAGCGCUCGGAGAAUGUUUGGCUCACCUUGCAGCGGCCAUGCCGGUGGCUUACUUAGAGCCCCAUCAAAAUGAAUACAAUGCUUUCUCUGUCUACACCACUAAGACACCCAGAGAAAGAGCCAUCUUGGGCCUUCCCAACGAGGUCCAGGAAUUAUGUCCCGACAUUCCAGAGCUGGACACUCUGCUGAAGGACAUUGGGGACUUGGCGGAGUCGGGGGCUCGUUACACCGAGAUGCCUCAUGUGAUCGAGAUCACCCUCCCCAUGCUGUGCAACUACCUGCCUCGCUGGUGGGAGAGAGGACUUGAGAACUUCCCCGAGAUGGAGGGCCAGAUCUGCACGGAUGUCACAUCCGAACACCUGAAUCAGCUGCUCGGCAGCAUCAUGAAAAUUGUUGUCAACAACUUGGGCAUCGAUGAAGCCUCUUGGAUGAAGCGGUUGGCUGUGUUCUCCCAGCCCAUUGUCAGCAGGGCGAAGCCGGAAAUGCUCAAAUCCCACUUCAUCCCCACGAUGGAGAAGCUGAAGAAACGCACUUCAAAGGUGGUGGCUGAAGAGGACCAUCUGCGGAUGGAGGGCAAAUCGGAGGGGGACGAGGAAGACGGGACCAUACGGGAUGAGUUUGCCGUCCUCUGCAGAGACUUGUAUGCCCUCUACCCUCUACUUAUUCGCUACGUGGACAACAACAGGGCAAGAUGGCUCACAUGCCCCGACCCAGAUGCUGAAGAGCUCUUCCGGAUGGUUGGCGAGGUCUUUAUUUUCUGGUCCAAAUCUCAUAACUUCAAACGAGAGGAGCAGAACUUUGUCGUGAUGAAUGAAAUCAAUAACAUGUCAUUCCUCACCGCCGACAGCAAAAGCAAAAUGAGCAAGGGCGGGGACUCAGAGGGCGGAGGCUCAGACACUGAACGCACCAAGAAGAAAAGACGCGGAGAUCGUUACUCUGUGCAGACUUCACUUAUUGUGGCUGCCUUGAAAAAGAUGCUCCCCAUAGGCCUCAACAUGUGCUCCCCCGCCGACCAGGAGCUCAUCAACUUGGCCAAGAUCAGAUACUCUUUGAGAGACACUGAUGAAGAAGUAAGAGAGUUCCUGCAGCACAACCUUCAUCUGCAGGGGAAGGUGGACAACCCGUCCAUGCGCUGGCAGAUGGCCCUGUACAAGGAGAUGGCGGGCAAGGCGGAAGACGCCGACGCUCCGAUGAAGGUCGUCAAGAGGGUUCAGGAGGUCUCGGCCGUCCUAUACCACCUUGAAGUGACGGAGCACCCGUUUAAAUCCAAGAAGAUGGUGUGGCACAAACUGUUGUCCAAGCAGAGACGCAGGGCCGUGGUCGCCUGCUUCAGGAUGACGCCGCUUUACAACAUUCCCAGGCAUAGAGCUUCAAACAUGUUCCUGGAGGGAUACAAAAGGAAUUGGCUUCACUCAGAGGGUUACUCGUUUGAAGACCGGAUGAUUGAUGACUUAUCCAAAGCCAUGGAGCAAGAGGAAGGAGACGAAGAGGAGGAACGAGAGACAAAGCCGGAUCCUCUCCACCAGCUUAUUCUGCAUUUCAGUCGUACUGCACUAACAGAAAAGAGUAAACUUGAUACAGAUCAUCUUUAUAUGGCAUAUGCAGAAAUUAUGGCAAAGAGUUGCCAUAUUGGUGAGGAAGAAGAAGGGGGAGAGGAAAUGGUGGAAAAUGCCGAGGAUGAGAUGUCCUUUGAGGUGCGACAGUCAGAACUGGAUAAAGAAAUGGAGAAACAAAGGCUCUUGUACCAGCAGUCCAGGCUUCAUAAUCGUGGUGCUGCAGAGAUGGUGCUGCAAAUGAUCAGUGCAUGCAAAGGUGAGACUGGACCAAUGGUGACCACAACCCUCAAGCUGGGGAUCUCUAUCCUAAACGGAGGAAACAAUGUGGUUCAACGGAAAAUGCUGGAGUACUUGAGGGACAAAAAGGACGUCGGCUUCUUUUUGAGUGUCCAGGCACUGAUGCAGACAUGCAGUGUCCUGGAUCUAAAUGCCUUCGAGAGGCAGAACAAGGCGGAGGGCCUGGGCAUGGUUUCAGAGGAGGGCAGCAAUGAGAAGGUGAUGUCAGAUGAUGAGUUCACCUGUGACCUCUUCCGUUUCCUGCAGCUGCUUUGCGAGGGUCACAAUAACGAUUUCCAGAACUACUUGCGCACACAGACGGGCAGCACAACGACCAUCAACAUCAUCAUCUGCACCGUAGACUACCUCCUCCGACUCCAGGAGUCUAUCAGUGAUUUCUACUGGUAUUACUCCGGCAAAGACAUCAUCGAUGAACCAGGCAAAAAGAAUUUCUCCAAAGCCAUGACGGUGGCAAAACAGAUUUUCAACAGCCUAACCGAAUAUAUUCAGGGUCCGUGCACUGGCAACCAGCAGUCCCUGGCCCACAGCAGGCUGUGGGACGCAAUCGUCGGGUUCCUCCAUGUGUUUGCCCAUAUGAUGAUGAAGCUGGCACAGGACUCCAGCCAGAUUGGUCUGCUGAAGGAGCUUCUUGACCUGCAGAAAGACAUGGUCGUUAUGUUGCUCUCAUUGUUAGAGGGCAACGUGGUUAAUGGUACGAUAGCGCGCCAGAUGGUAGACAUGCUGGUGGAGUCCUCCAGCAACGUGGAGAUGAUCCUGAAGUUUUUCGAUAUGUUCCUCAAACUGAAAGACAUUGUGGCCUCGGAUGCUUUCCGCGAUUACGUCACAGAUCCUCGAGGGCUGAUCUCCAAGAAGGACUUCCAGAAGGCCAUGGACAGUCAGAAACAGUACUCCCACUCUGAGAUCCAGUUUCUCUUGUCCUGCUCGGAAGCAGACGAGAACGACAUGAUCCACUACGAGGAGUUCGCCAACCGCUUUCAGGAACCCGCCAAGGACAUCGGCUUCAACAUCGCGGUGCUUCUCACUAACCUGUCCGAGCACGUCCCCCACGACGUGCGCCUGCAGAACUUCCUGGAGCAGGCGGAUAGUGUGCUGAACUACUUCCGCCCCUUCUUGGGCCGCAUCGAGAUCAUGGGCGCCAGCAGGAAGAUCGAACGCAUCUACUUUGAAAUCACCGAGGUGAACCGCAAACAGUGGGAGAUGCCCCAGGUCAGAGAGUCCAAGCGACAGUUCAUCUUCGACGUCGUCAACGAGGGCGGCGAGUCGGAGAAGAUGGAAAUGUUUGUGAACUUCUGCGAGGACACCAUCUUUGAGAUGAACAUCGCCUCGCAAAUCUCCGAGCAGGAGGAAGAGGGCAAGGGGGAGGAAGACGAUGAAGGGGACGAGGCCGCGGGCGAGGCGGGGGGGGGAGGGGGAGCGAGCGGAGGAGGAGGCGACGAGGACAGCAACGGGGAGGAAGCGCCGCCCGAAUCCAGCUCCGCCUUUGCCGAUUUCAUCAACAGCGUGGUGGGCUUCUUUGGCAUUUUCACCUUCCGUAACCUGCGCAGGCAAUACCGCAGAGUGAGGAAGAUGAGCUUCAAGGAGAUCGUGGUGGCCCUGUCCACCUUUUUCUGGACCAUCCUAAUGAGUAUACUGCACUUCAUUUACAACGUGUGCAAAGGCUUCUUUAUGAUCAUCUGGCAAACACUGUUUGGAGGUGGCCUGGUGGAGGGGGCUAAAAAUAUCACCGUCACCGAGAUACUGGCGAGCAUGCCGGACCCCACGCAGGACGACGUGCACGGAGACGGACCCGGGGAGCCCAGGACGGAGGAACAAGACGCCGGAGGAGUCACGGACACCGGGGAGACCGGGAGCGGGGAGGAGGAGGAGGAGGACAACCAGGAAAAAGAGGGCGGGAGGAUAGCAGGCGUGGAUGCUCCUGGUGGCCUUGGAGACAUGGGCGUCGAAUCAACUGUUGAACCUCCGACGCCGGAAGGAACUCCCAUAACAAAGAGAAAAAUGCCACCAGAAGAGACUGAGGCCAGCCAGAAACCACCGGAGCCUGUUCGGGUAGAGGAACCUCCCCCGAAACCUGAAAAGGCAGAUGUUGAGAAUGCAGAGAAAGAAUCCCAGAGUAAGGAGGAAGAAAAGCCAGAAGAACAAAAGAAGUCUCCCAAAAAGAAAGAGAAGAAGCCGAAACGGGAAGGAGGUUUUCAGAUCUGGAAUGAGCUGGAAAACCAAAGAAAUAAAUUCAUGAACUACCUCUCCAGAAACUUCUACAACUUGCGUUUUUUGGCGUUGUUCCUGGCGUUUGCCUUGAACUUCAUUCUGCUGUUCUACAAGGUGUCCGACUCCCCGCCGGAGGGCGAGGAGAUGGAAGGAUCCGGCGCGUCGGAGGGGAGCGGGCUGUUCGAGGGCUCCGGGUUCUUUGGCGGCUCGGGGGAAGAGCCUGAGGGAUCUGGAAUGAAUGGAGACGAUGAGGAAGAGGAAGAGGUCGCCAUUUAUUUCUAUUUAGAGGAGAGCACCGGCUACAUGCAGCCGACGUUGACCUUCGUUGCUGCCCUGCACACAGUCAUCUCCUUCAUCUGCAUCAUUGGCUACAACUGCCUCAAGAUCCCACUGGUGAUCUUUAAAAGGGAGAAAGAACUUGCAAGAAAACUGGAGUUUGACGGCCUCUUCAUCACUGAGCAGCCUGAGGAUGAUGACAUUAAAGGCCAGUGGGACCGGCUGGUCCUGAACACACCGUCUUUCCCAAACAACUAUUGGGAUAAAUUUGUAAAGAGAAAGGUUCUGGAUAAGUACGGCGACAUUUAUGGCAGAGAAAGAAUUGCGGAGCUGCUGGGUGUUGAUUUAGCCUCCCUGGAUGUGAGUCAACAACACGAAAAGAAACAGGAGGAACCCGACACCUCAGUGUUUUCAUGGACGACCACCGUUGACAUCAAGUACCAAAUCUGGAAAUUUGGUGUUGUGUUCACAGACGGUACCUUCCUGUAUCUCUGUUGGUACACAAUAAUGUCUCUGCUCGGCCACUACAACAACUUCUUCUUCGCCUGCCACCUGCUGGACAUCGCCAUGGGGGUGAAGACUCUGCGCACCAUCCUGUCCUCGGUCACACACAACGGCAAACAGCUGAUGAUGACCCUGGGCUUGCUGGCCGUGGUGGUGUACCUUUACACCGUCGUCGCCUUCAUUUUCUUCCGCAAGUUUUACAACAAGAGCGAGGAAGAAGAUGAGCCGGAUAUGAAAUGCGACGACAUGAUGACCUGUUACCUGUUCCACAUGUACGUGGGUGUGCGCGCCGGCGGAGGAAUCGGAGACGAGAUAGAGGAUCCUGCCGGGGAUGAAUACGAGCUCUAUCGAGUGGUCUUUGAUAUCACCUUCUUCUUCUUCGUCAUUGUUAUUCUACUGGCCAUCAUUCAGGGUCUGAUCAUUGAUGCCUUUGGGGAACUCAGAGACCAACAAGAGCAGGUCAAGGAAGACAUGGAGACGAAAUGCUUCAUAUGUGGCAUCGGAAGUGACUACUUUGAUACAACGCCGCACGGCUUUGAGACCCACACUUUGGAUGAACACAACCUGGCCAAUUACAUGUUCUUCUUGAUGUACCUGAUCAAUAAAGAUGAGACGGAGCACACCGGGCAGGAGUCGUACGUGUGGAAGAUGUACCAGGAGCGUUGCUGGGACUUCUAUCCAGCUGGAGACUGUUUCAGAAAGCAAUACGAGGAUCAACUGUCCUAGUUCACGAGUUCCUCACGCGUACGCAGGGAUUAAAUCAAAUAAAGUACUAAAAACGCUCACAAAAAAGCUCUUUUGCCAUGAAAAGCGCAAAAAGAUUUUGAUGAACAAUUUACAGCACGGACAUUACUUCUCAUCUCCGGUACCGUCGGUUGUCCUUUUUAUAUGCAAAUGAUAUUCACACCAAGUUUAUCUUUGGUUUAUUGUCAUCAUUUAUUUAAUAAUACAAGCAUUUGCAUGAAAUAGUGCCUCUAUUAAUAAUUUAUUGACAUUAUGGGUUUCCAUGAAUUAGUUUGAAUUAGUUGCAGUUGAGGAGUAGAUAAACCACUGCUUCACACGUUGCCUUUCUGACUAUAUGUAAUGAACAAAUAAAUGAUGUAUUUCCUUUGGGA